AGAUUAUUUUCUCCCAAUGAUAAAUAGAACUGUAUUAAGACUAUAAUAUAACAAAUAAUUGCUAUAAUGCCACUGAAGGUCUAAAUAUUAUCUCACAAGCAAAUGUUGAACUCCAAUCGUUCAUUUAAGUAUUGAAAUAAUAGUAAAGCAGCGGAAAAUAUGCAGGAUAUACGCAUACGUGUCGAACAGCCCAUGACUCACGUGCCCACUAAUCAAGGCAGCCGACCUUUACAUCUGCUGCCGCAAAUAAGUUUAAGUUGCAAUGAGACAAACAUUGAACAACAUCAACAUCAGGUGCCACGCUCGCCCAGUUCAGAGGAAGACAAUUCACCAACGGAAAUGAACAAUUGCAAACGUUUAGUUGAUAAACCGCCACUCGUAAAAAGACUAACCAUGGGUAUGGGCUUGCUGCGCUCAACAGAACUAGAAAGUCGACCGCUCGUACAUACAACUUCAUCCUCUCUCAACUCUGGCUCCUCACAGACAAUAUCCGAUGGUUAUGUGAACGAGGCGAUAUGUGAACCUGAUAAAAUAAUAUCUAGUAAAUUUGGUGAUUCGUGUCGACAGUCGUUAACCGCGUUACCCUCUAUGGAAGCAGCUCACCGCCUACAAGAACAUAACGAAUUUAGUUACAAGAAAAAAUAUCUGCGAGAAACUUGCAGUGCGAAUUCAAGUCCAAAGAUGUUUGCACCAAGCGCGCCAUUACGUUUAGAUAGUCUUAGCUUAGCUGAACAGAAUGAACUGAAAGGUGCGGCUUGGUUUCAAGCGGGCAUACCACGUGAGAUCUCAUUAGAAGUAUUAUCACGACAGAGUCCUGGUGCAUUUUUGGUGCGACAAAGUAGCACAAAACCCGGUUGUUUUGCAUUAUCGCUAAGAGUACCGCCACCAGCGCCAAAAGUUGCGCAUUACUUAAUACUAAAAACGCCUAGAGGAUAUAAAAUUAAGGGCUUCACGAAAGAAUUUACUUCAUUGCGUGCGCUAAUAACACAUCAUUCUGUUAUGCCUGAACUGCUGCCAGUACCAUUGACUUUACCACGUCCAACGAACCCUGCUGCAAGUAGUCGAAACGGCUCACGUGGCAGUGGUUUGGAUGGUGAUGAUUUUGAUACAUAUGGUUCACUUAAUGAUUUUCGAAAAAUGAUGUCUGAUUUAAAUGUAUGACUUUUACUUGAUGAAAAAG